AAACACCCAUAAGUGUCUUCAACAUUUUAAAUCGCGCCGCCACCACCGCCACCUUCCCCUCCGCCCUCAGCAAUGCUCAUCGCCGAUCAACGCCUCAAAUCCGCCGCCAUCGAGAUCGAACAUUGUUAUGUUAAGAUCUCUCUUCAGUGCUCCCUCUGUUUCUCUCUUCACCCUCAAACCCAACAAAAUCAACCAAUUUAGACUCUCAACCCUCUCAAAUCCCAAUCUUUCGAGAAAUUCAAGGAGGCCCAUCUGGAAAACUGGAAGCAUGAGCGAGCUUUUGGAGAUACUAGGCCCCUUGGAUCGAAUUUUCCCGCCUUCUAACGGCGAUCCCCACUUAGGUUUCCUUCGGAGAUGCAUGAGGUCGAAGAAUUACUUAAUGGGUAGUUUGAUUCAUGCUCACUUGAUCAAGUCUGGAUUGAAAGACGAGAUCUUGGUUUCGAAUGUGAUGCUGUUUGUGUAUGCUAAAGCUGGGUUUUUGAGCAGCAGCGUUAAGGUGUUUGAUGAAAUGCCUGAGAGAGAUGUUGUAUCUUGGUGCACUUUGAUUUCGGGGUAUGUUGGAUUUGGGUUUGAGAUUGAAGCAUUCGGGUUGUUUAAGAGGUUGAUGGAGAGCAGUUUGAGGCCGAAUCAGUUUGUUAUGUCGUCAGUUCUAAAGGGCUGUUCAGGUUUUGGUGUACUUGAGCUUGGCCUUAUGGUUCAUGGGUUAGUUUUUAGGAGUGGGUUCGGAUUUGAUAGGUUUGUGGAGAUUGGGGUUGUUGAUAUGUAUGCAAAAUGUGGGGCUAUACAUGAUGCACUUAAAGUGUUCUAUGAAAUUCCUAUAAAGAGUUCGGUUACCUGGAAUACGAUGAUUUCCGGUUAUGUUCAGAAUGGAUUUCUUGUUGAGGCUGUGGACCUCUGCCAGGAGAUGUGUCGGGUUGGGAUUGUUAUGGAUUUGGUGACUUUGAGGGUUGUAGCUAACGCUGCUGCUUCUUUGGAGAUGUUUGAGUUUUGUAAGAAUCUUCAUGUUUACUCUAUCAAAAUUGGACUGGAUAGAGAUACGUUUGUUGUAGCUGAGUUGGUUAGGUUGUUAUCUAAGACUGGGGAAGUAGACCAUAUGGGCAAACUUUUUAAAAGGGUAAGAAGCCCUGAUAUCUCCUUAUAUUCUUUGUUAAUCUCUGGAUAUCACUUACAUGGCUGCAGAGUGGAGGCAGUGCUGCUCGCAGAGGAGUUUUUAGCUUUGAAUUUGAAUCCAAAGCAAGGAGCUUUGGUUAACGUGAUUAACUUGUGCCUCUACAAAGAAGAAGGUAAACAAAUGCAUGCGCACAUCAUAAAAACUGCUCAUCUGUCUUAUCUUUCUAUUGGGAAUGCUCUAAUAUCUAUGUACAUCAAAUUUGGAGAGAUUUUAGAUGCAAAAAUGAUCUUUGUUGGAAUGCUAGUACGAGAUGUAGUUUCAUGGACUGCAAUAAUGGCAGGCCUUGUCCAAAAUCUUCAAUUCGAAGAAGCCCUUGAGACAUUUUGUGCUUUGAGGAGAAUUCAGAUACAAGUGGACCAACACUCCAUAUCAACAGCGGUAAACGCUUGUACAGGUCUUAGAUCAAUAUAUAUUGGCCAGCAGAUUCACGCUCUGAGCCUGAAAAUAUGGUUUGAAUUUUCUAACUUUGUGAGUGCAUCAUUUCUUCACAUGUAUUCAAAAUGUGAACACAUUGAGAGUGCUGAGAAGUUGUUUUCAUACACUUCCUCCUCUCGUGAUUUGAUCUUGACAAACGUCAUGAUUGCUGGGUACUGCUGGAAUUCUCUGCCACAUAAGGCUCUUGAUCUUUUCAAUGGUGAGCACCAAGCUGGAUUAGUUCCUGAUGAGUUCAAUCUCUCCAGUGUUCUUGGGGCUUGUUCACAAAUAAAGUCUUUAGAGAUGGGUGAGCAGAUGCAUUGCCGGGUUGUCAAGAGUGGUUUUGACAUUUCCGAUGUUAUUGUUGGAAAUGCAAUUAUAAGUAUGUAUGUCAAAUGUGGAAGCAUUGACAAUGCCUCUAAAGCUUUCUAUAGCAUGCAAAGGCAGAACAUGAAUUCAUAUGAAACUUUAAUCAUGGGUUACUUGCAGAAUAAAGGAAUUAGUGAAGCUCUGAGUCUUUUCUAUCGGAUGCAACAGAGUGGUUUUCAUGCUAAGCCAGUGGCUUUUGCAAGAAUUCUAGGAGGGUGUGCUGACUUGGCAGCUAUUGAUCUGGGGAAGCAAAUACAUGCAUCCGUUAUGAAGAUGGGUUUGGUUUCAGAUUCGUACAUAGGCAAUGCACUGGUGGGAAUGUAUGCAAAAUCUAAAAGCAUUCAUAAAAAUUUUGAGGCUUCAAUGUAUAUGUCAACAGAGGAUGAUACAGUGGAAGGAAACAAAGAAAGGUCAGUUGAAGAUUUUGUGCCAUUUAAACUUGAAGAAGAAAAAGAAAAUUUCUGUAGUUACUCAGAUGUUGAGAACAUUCUCCCAACUGUUGAGGCUCAAAGGGGGUUGAAGUUGGAGUUAUUGGAUGGAAAUUCAAUGCUUGAUGUAGAUAAGAAAUGCAUGUCUUUUGAGGUGUCACAAGAUAUGCUCGGAGAGAUGUUAGCGAGAGAAGUGGGAAGGCUAUACUCACUUUCUACAUAUGCCUCUGUCAAGUUUGAGGUGAUGCAGGUGGAAGGAAUAAUACCAGAACAUGUUAUUCUACUACUUGUCUUCUCAGAUGUAAGUAGAUUUGGUUUAUUUGAUGAGACAUUUAGCAGCAUCUCCGCCCUUCGGCGAUCGGGGUUUAGCAGCAACCAGAGAGCAUCAGCCUUGGCUUAAAGCGUGUGAAUUCAAUACCCACAUGUUUAAAUUGUUGUCAUGAUGAUUUGCAAACUCUUACUGUUCCUUGGAAAAGGCAUGGAGAUUUCAAGGACUUGCCUGCAUGUACUUUGCAAGGGGGGAGAGGAUUAUGCAAGAGAAAAAGGAAGGGCCAAAAAUCCCUCCGAGCUUGGUGCAAGAAAAUGAACUUCCAUUUGUAUUUGAUCCUGUUAAGUUGAGAGCAUCAGUGCUUGGUGCACGAAGUCAUUGCAACUAUGGGCCUUAUUCCUGGAGCAUGAUGAUGAGGCUAUUGAGCAUCAGGAAGCAAAGAGAAGCUCUAAAUAUACCCAAGAUGAGCAGGUUAGGUCAAUAUCCAGAUUAUUACAGGCUGGAGUUUGAACUACACUUUUAGGUCACCAAAGAGUUUUAAAGAGUUUGGGCAGCUGUAGUGACUGCUAUGAUUGCUGCUACUGAUUGCAGAGCACAUACAUCCUCACAUGCAGGAUGUAAAGUUCUUUGCUUUGUGUCAUGCGUGGGCGAUACAGUUUCGUCCGAACAUCUUGACCCAGCUGAGAAGGAACUCUGCAUUCGACCAUAACGGUGACCUCUUUCGGGUGAUCUUAAUUACUGUAUUUGAUAAAAUAAAGAUGAUUUCGGGUGAUCUUAAUUACUGUAUUUGAUAAAAUAAAGAUGAAGUAAUUUACGUAGGAUUCAGAAGCAAGACGUAAAUAUAUGGAGGAGAAUGAGAAGGUAGAGGGUAUCUGUGUCACACUCCUAUUUAAACAGCAACAAUAUUAACUGGUUAUCCAAGUUAUCCACCAAACUUAUUAACCAAAAAUUUGUAAGGUAUUUAUUAAAGUUUUCAUUUUAAGAAAUGAAGUUAUGGACAUUAGCAUAUCUCCUAUCUUUGUUUGUAUCGCUUUAAAACUGCCAAUCCAACUUGGAGAACUGAGAAUGCUGGCAACUGCUGCUUUGUAAUUGUGUCCAGAAAUCUUUGACAUCAACUAUGUGUGUGUGUGUGCACGUGCGUGUGAAAUGUACAAAUACCUAAAGUUAUAACUAGUUAUUCUAUUUUUUGAGAAAUGUGGUUUAAUAUUCGUGGUUGCUCCCAAGCAUUGCUGUUCUCACAUUAUAAAAAAUGGUUUCUAGGAGCUAUUAUCUAGAUUUUAUAUUGAUUCGAGCAAUGGUUGAAACAAUUUACUGAAAGUUAAGGUAGUUGUAAAGAGGAUUGAACUGUCCGUAACAAAGCCUGAUUAUCAUCGAUUAGAAAUGUGUGAUUCACAAUUAAAAGCUAUAAGGAUGAUGAAUCAAGACUGGGUGUUGAUAUUUCUUUAAUAACUUAAUAUGCUUCUUUAUUUACAAUUUAAAACUUAACAUUUUGCUCGCAUCAGAUACAUAUGCCUUGAAACUUUUGCAGUGCAUUCAUGUGACGAGAAUUGCUACUAACCGGCUUUAGGAUUGAUUGCUGUAU